CAAUUGCUGUCAACACUGUCAAAAAAAUCUGUCAUCUGCUGUCAAACUCAACAGCAACUUCCUUUCCAUUUUGUUUUGAAUCGAAAAGGUUGAUUUUUCCCGAAAAUGGUACAGAGAUUGACUCUCCGACGACGAUUGUCGUACAAUACAAAAUCCAACAAGCGGCGAAUUGUUCGUACGCCUGGUGGUCGUCUUGUUUACCAGUACGUUAAGAAGCGUAAGAAUGUACCAAAAUGCGGCCAAUGCAAAGAGAAAUUGCACGGAAUUCGACCGACUCGUCCGAGUGAACGAUCCAGAAUAUCGAAGCGCCAGAAGACCGUUCGUCGUACCUAUGGCGGUGUAUUGUGCCACGGAUGUGUUCGGGAACGUAUCGUUCGCGCCUUCUUGAUCGAAGAGCAGAAGAUUGUGAAAGUUCUUAAGAAUGCCCAAGCAUUGAAAACCACUAAAGUUGCCGUUAAGUAAAUGAGCUUUGAAGGAUUACUUUAGAACCAAUAAAAAACCAACAACAAAACACAAUCAACA